UCCGACAUGGUGUCGCCUCCUCUCGAGGAGGCGGCGGCGGCGGCGUCCUCGGCUCCGCCGCGCGUCGAGCGGGCCCCGCGGCCGCUCAUGGGCAGCCAGGGCCGCUCGGGUUCCCCCGGGAACCGCGGGGCCAGGGAAGGCGAGGGCGGGGAGGCGAGGAAAGUGCAGGAGGCCGGGGUCGCGCGGAGGAAGCGAGGGAAGGGGAAGGGGAGAGCUGGCGGCGGGCGCGGCGGAAGAGGAAGCGGGGCGGAAGGGAAGCCGGCGGGGAAGGCGGCCGGCCCGGGGCAGGAAGGAGAGGGAGGCACGGAGGAAGGGCCGACCGGCUCCGGGAAGCGGGAUGACGGCGGCGCAGGGCCGGGGGAGGAGGAACGGAGCGGCAUCCCGGGGCCCCGGGCGGCCAUGGCGGCGGCGGCCGAGGACGCGGCGGCGGAACCGGCCGCACGUCCGGCCGCGCUCUGCCGCCUGCCGGAGGAGCUGCUGCUGCUCAUCUGCUCCUACCUCGACAUGCGGGCCCUCGGCCGCCUGGCCCAGGUGUGCCGCUGGCUGCGGCGCUUCACCAGCUGCGACCUGCUCUGGCGCCGGAUAGCGCGGGCCUCGCUCAACUCCGGUUUCACGCGGCUCGGCACCGACCUGAUGACCGGCAUCCCAGUAAAGGAGCGGGUGAAGGUGUCUCAGAACUGGCGGCUGGGGCGCUGCCGAGAAGGGAUUCUGUUGAAGUGGAGGUGCAGUCAGAUGCCCUGGAUGCAGCUAGAAGAUGGGUUUCUGUACAUAUCUCAGGCUAAUUUCAUCCUGGCCUACCAGUUUCGUCCAGAUGGUGCCAGCUUGAACCGUCGGCCCUUCAGAGUCUUUGCUGGCCAUGAUGAGGAUGUUUGUCACUUUGUGCUGUCCAACUCGCAUAUCGUCAGUGCAGGAGGAGAUGGGAAGAUCGGUGUUCACAAGAUCCACAGCACCUUCACUGUCAAGUACUCGGCUCAUGAACAGGAGGUGAACUGUGUGGACUGCAAAGGGGGCAUCAUUGUGAGUGGCUCCAGGGACAGGACGGCCAAGGUUUGGCCUUUGGCCUCGGGCCGGCUGGGGCAGUGCUUACAUACCAUUCAGACUGAAGACCGAGUCUGGUCCAUUGCUAUCAGCCCAUUACUCAGCUCUUUUGUGACAGGAACAGCUUGUUGUGGGCAUUUCUCACCUCUAAGAAUCUGGGACCUCAACAGUGGGCAGCUGAUCACACAUCUGGGCAGUGACUUUCCCCCGGGGGCUGGGGUGCUGGAUGUCAUGUAUGAGUCCCCCUCUACACUGCUGUCCUGUGGCUAUGACACCUACGUUCGCUACUGGGACCUCCGGACCAGUGCCCGGAAAUGUGUCAUGGAAUGGGAGGAGCCUCAUGACAGCACCUUGUACUGCCUACAGACAGAUGGCAACCACCUGCUGGCCACAGGCUCUUCCUACUACGGUGUUGUGCGGCUGUGGGACCGGCGCCAGAGGGCUUGCCUGCACGCCUUCCCGCUGACGUCGACCCCGCUCAGCAGCCCCGUGUACUGCCUGCGAUUCACCACCAGGCAUCUUUAUGCCGCGCUGUCUUACAACCUCCACAUCCUAGACUUUCAAAACCCAUGACAGACCACCCCUGCCUGUGGGCUGGGCAAGUCAGCUACUCAGGGACCUCUCUUGCCUGGCAGGUGAACUGAUACCUCACUCCUCUUCCCAGCCCUGCUGUGCUCCUAGACCUGUGACCACCAUGCCCUGGCACCUGAAGCACCGAUUCUUGGGACACUGGGGCUGAUUCUGAUGUGGUAUCCUCCCAGGACCUGUGGUCUUAGGAGGAACUCGGGUUUACAGUAGGUCGAACCCUGCCCCUGAGGCCCUUCACAGCACUGUGGCAGCCUACAGAGAGAGGUGAGGGGCUCCCACCAUUCCCGCUAGAAAGAGGUGCAGUUGCUACACGUUCUGCUGGUACCCAGCCACCUCCUCAGUCAGAUCGCAGCUUUGGCCAACGUCUUAAGCUGGGGGCUCAUUUUUGAGGCACUCGUCUGGUUUUGCUUUCAAAGUAAAAAAUGGCAAAAGAAAUUUGUCAGUUUGGGGCCCUGGGCCAACUGUUCCACAGCCUAGCUGUGGAAAACGUUACGAUUUUCAUUUUUGUAAAAAUAAACUUGGUUGUUCACAUA